AUGCGAAAUGAAGUUUUCAAACCAAUUGAAGGAGAAUCAAGUAAAGAUUUGGGGGAGAAAUUUGAAAAUAAACCUGGAGAUGGUAGUAAAGACAUAGUAAUCCAAGUGAACGGAUUUACAUUUGUUUUUCAAUGUAAAGCAUAUUUUAAAAGUUCUAUUGAUAGGAUAAGUGUAACUGAAGUUGAGUCAACUGUUAGAGUGGGGAAUUCAGAUGUUAAAGAUAUUAGAAGAGGAGAAUUUGAUGCAAGAUUUUUGGUAGUUUUAAAAUAUAAUGCCGAAUCAAAAAUUCUUUGGUGGAUUUUUGGCAAAGAAGAAAGUUUAUUAUUAAAAAUCCCAAUUGUUUAUGGAACUUUUGAAGCCAACCAAUCUGGCAUUUGGUAUAUUUUAAAAGAAAUAAAACAAACUAUAACAGGCUUUUUUACUGAAAUAAUAGUUGGAUGUCGUGGAUUCGGGCAUCCAGAUUACGAUGGGUUUAAUUAUGCUGAUGAAAUAAUGGGAGGAAGUCGUGGAUUCAGACAUCCAGAUUAUGAUGG